GUCCUAAAAAAAAAGUCAACUUGCCGGGAAAAUUCAUUGUGAUUUUCCAGUAAAAAGAUGCACAACUGCUGUAUAGUUUUUGUCUGAUUUCACACCUCGCGCUUGGGUUUUUACCUCUCUGUUAAGUUUGCUGCGACUUUUCCUGCCUCUGAAAAAUGGAACUAGCUGAUUCAAUAAGGAGUACGAUGGUAUCUUUUCUUUCUAAUUCACCUUCAUUAAUGUAUUCAGGCACUGAUUUUCUACUCAAGCCCAUUUUCCUUCGCGGAAUUUCUGGUUCUUUACACCUAGUUUUGUUAUUUGUGUUUUUACUCUCCUUUCUCUUUAAGAAGCUUAGGAUGGGUGAUAGUGAAGAUAUUAAAGAGAAGUUUGACAAUAACAAGAGCGAAUUGUGUUACAAACUCGCUCUAUUCUGUUGUUUGGGUGUUUUUGCGUUCGAUUUUGUCUGGUGUUUGUUGAGCUAUUUCUAUUGGUAUAGAAAUGGUUGGUCUGAUGAUGAUGUAGUUACUCUUUUGGAUUUAGCUGUUAGAACUCUCUCUUGGGGUGCACUUUCUGUAUAUUUGCAUACCCAAUUUUUUAAUUCACCUGGUAUUAAGUUCCCAUUUCCAUUGAGAGUUUGGUGGGGCUUUUAUUUUUCAAUUUCUUGUUAUUUUCUUGUCGUGGACAUUGUUCUUUCUAGAAAACAUGAGCAUGUGUCCUCCCAAGUCCAGUAUUUAGUAUCAGAUACAGUCUCUGUGUUUGCUGGUUUGUUUCUUUGUUAUGUGGGAUUCUUGAAAAUUAAGGGCCAAAAUACCCCUCUUGAAGAACCUCUAUUGAAUGAUAAUUUAAAUGGUAAUAAUUUAGAAUUAAAUAAAUCUAGAGGAGGUGAUUUUGUAACUCCUUAUUCAAAUGCUGGUAUUUUAAGCUUUCUUACCUUCUCUUGGAUGGGUUCCUUAAUUGCUCUUGGUAAUAAGAAAACUAUAGACCUUGAAGAUGUUCCUCAACUUCAUAGUAAGGAUAGUGUAAUGGGGUCAUUUCCAAUCUUCAAAAAUAAACUUGAGUCAUAUAGUGGUGCUACUAGUGGAGUUUCUAUGUUCAAGCUUGUCAAGGCAUUGUUUUUCUUAGCCUGGAAAGAAAUUCUGUAUACAGCUUUUCUUGCACUGUUAUACACAAUAGCUUCUUAUGUUGGUCCGUACCUCAUAGAUGAGUUCGUUCAAUGCCUUAAUGGGCAAGAACGGUUUAAAAAUCAGGGAUAUUUUUUAGCUUCUGCCUUUUUGGUUGGAAUGGUUGUAGAGUGCCUCUCACAGAGGCACUUGUUCUUUAGGGUGCAGCAAAUUGGAAUUAGGAUGCGUUCAUCACUUAUGGCUAUGAUCUUCAACAAGGGCUUGACCCUUUCAUGCCAGUCAAAGCAGGGCCACACUAGUGGGGAGAUGAUCAAUUUUAUGACUGUUGACGCCGAACGAAUUCCUAGGUUUUGCUGGUACAUGCAUGAUUCUUGGCUGGUCAUUAUCCAAGUUAGUUUGGCCUUGUUCAUAUUGUAUAAAAAUAUUGGGCUUGCAUCAGUUGCUGCUCUUGUUGCAACUAUUAUUGUCAUGUUGUUCAAUUAUCCAUUAGGGAGAUUAGAGGAGAAAUUUCAGGACAAAUUGAUGGAAGCUAAAGACGAAAGAAUGAAAACGACAUCUGAAAUUUUAAGGAAUAUGAAAAUCCUGAAGCUCCAGGCAUGGGAAAUGAAGUUUUUGACUAAGAUUAUUGAGCUCCGAAACACUGAGACAGGUUGGUUGAAGAAAUUCGAUUACACUUCAGCAAUUGUCAGUUUUGUCUCCUGGGGCGCUCCUACUCUUGUGUCUGUGGCCACUUUUGGCACUUGUGUGCUUAUGGGAAUCCCACUUGAGUCUGGAAAGAUCUUAUCCACACUUGCAACUCUGCAGGUUCUUCAAGAGCCAAUCUUUAAUCUUCCCGACACAAUUUCUAUGAUGGUUGAGACCAAGGUUUCCCUUGAUAGAAUUGCAUCUUUUCUACGUCUUGAUGACUUGCAGUCUGAUGUUGUAGAGAGGCUUCCAAGGGGUAGUUGUGACACAGCAGUAGAAAUAGCUGAUGGGAAUUUCUCCUGGGACUUGUCUUCUCCAAAUCCAACACUAAAAGACAUUAAUUUGAAAGUUUUCCAUGGUAUGAGGGUUGCUGUAUGUGGUACCGUUGGUUCAGGCAAGUCGAGCUUACUCUCCUGCAUUUUGGGAGAGGUACCCAAGAUCUCGGGGACACUUAAGCUAUGUGGGGAAAUGGCUUAUGUUGCUCAGUCACCAUGGAUACUUAGUGGCAAGAUUGAGGAGAAUAUAUUAUUUGGUAAAUCAAUGGACCGAGAAAUGUACGAAAGGAUAUUGGAUGCAUGUUCCCUGAAGAAGGACCUGGAAAUCCUCUCAUUCGGUGAUCAAACGGUUAUAGGUGAAAGGGGUAUCAAUCUUAGUGGUGGACAAAAACAGAGAAUACAGAUUGCUAGAGCUCUCUACCAAGAUGCUGAUAUCUAUCUAUUUGACGAUCCAUUUAGUGCUGUUGAUGCACAUACAGGAUCUCAUCUAUUUAAGGAGGUUUUGCUUGGCCUAUUGAGUUCGAAAACUGUUAUUUAUGUUACUCAUCAAGUUGAGUUCUUACCAGCUGCAGAUCUAAUAUUGGUCAUGAAAGAUGGAAGGAUCACCCAGGCUGGAAAGUACAACGACAUUCUCAAUUCAGGGUCAGAUUUUAUAGAACUUGUUGGUGCACAUAAGACAGCUUUAUCGGUACUUGAUUCCAAACAGGGAGGGUCAACUUCUGGAAAUGAAAGUAUCAGCAAGGAUAAUGGUGGCAUGAGCACUAGCAAUGGAGCUCUCUCAAAAGAAGAAAAUAAAGAUGAGAUUGCUGAACCCAAAGGACAACUUGUUCAAGAAGAAGAAAGAGUAAAAGGUAAAGUUGGAUUCCCAGUAUACUGGAAAUAUAUAACAACUGCAUAUGGAGGAGCCCUGGUGCCACUUAUUUUGCUGGCGCAGAUUCUCUUUCAGCUCCUUCAAAUUGGUAGCAACUAUUGGAUGGCUUGGGCAACUCCAGCAUCAAAAGAUGUCAAACCUGUUGUUAGUGGGUUCACAUUAAUAAUUGUCUAUGUAGCUUUGGCUUUUGCAAGUUCUUUUUGCAUCCUGGGCAGAGCCACACUUCUUAGUAGGACACUUCUUGUAACAGCAGGGUACAAGACAGCAACUAUACUAUUCAAUAAAAUGCAUUUUUGCAUUUUCCGUGCUCCUAUGUCCUUUGAUGCAACUCCAAGUGGGCGAAUCCUCAACAGAGCUUCUACAGACCAAAGUGCAGUGGAUAUGCAAAUUCCAAAUCAAGUUGCAUCUGUUGCAUUCUCAAUGAUCCGGCUUCUGGGAACCAUUGCAGUGAUGUCUCAGGUAGCUUGGCAAGUUUUUAUUAUCUUUAUCCCUGCAAUCGCUGCCUGCAUCUGGUACCAGCAAUACUACCUCCCAUCUGCAAGAGAACUUUCACGAUUGAUUGGAGUAUGCGAAGCUCCAGUUAUCCAACAUUUUGCUGAAACAAUUUCUGGAUCGACAACUAUCAGAAGCUUUGGUCAACAAUCAAGAUUCCAAGAAAUGAAUAUGACAUUGACGGAUGCAUAUUUUCGGCCGGAUUUUCAUAGUGCUGGGGCAACAGAAUGGCUUUGCUUCCGCUUGGAUAUGUUCUCUUCUCUUACAUUUGCUUUCUCUUUGUUUUUCUUAAUCUCAUUUCCGAAGGGAAUCGAUCCAGCCAUUGCUGGUUUGGCUGUGACAUAUGGACUCAAUCUAAACAUGCUGCAAGCUAUGGUGAUAUGGAAUAUUUGUAGUCUAGAGAACGAAAUGAUAUCAGUAGAGAGAAUACUCCAAUACAUGUCUAUUCCUAGUGAGCCUCCUCUUGUAGUAGAUGAAAACCGGCCAGACCCUUCUUGGCCAUCACAUGGAGAAGUUGAUAUUGAUAAUUUGCAGGUUCGGUAUGCCCCUCAUAUGCCACUCGUGUUGCAAGGUCUCACAUGUACUUUCCCAGGAGGGAAGAAAACUGGUAUUGUGGGGAGAACAGGCAGUGGUAAAUCAACUCUCAUCCAAACAAUUUUCCGGAUUGUUGAACCUGCAGCUGGUCAGAUUGUGAUAGAUGGCAUCAAUAUCUCAUUGAUUGGUUUGCAUGACUUGCGAUCAAGAAUAAGCAUUAUUCCUCAGGAUCCUACCAUGUUCGAAGGGACUGUACGGAGUAACCUGGACCCUCUUGAAGAGUACACAGAUGAUCAAAUUUGGGAGGCUCUUGAUAAGUGCCAACUUGGAGAUGAGGUUAGGAAGAAGGAGGAAAAGCUAGAUUCAACAGUCACUGAGAAUGGAGAGAACUGGAGCAUGGGUCAAAGGCAGCUAGUCUGUCUCGGGCAAGUGCUACUGAAGAAGAGUAAGGUCUUGGUUCUUGAUGAAGCUACUGCCUCGGUUGAUACAGCUACUGAUAAUUUAAUUCAGCAAACUAUUAGGCAACACUUCUUUGACUCUACAGUUAUAACCAUUGCACAUCGAAUAACUUCUGUUUUUGAUAGCGACAUGGUUCUGGUUCUAAGUCAUGGACUUGUGGAGGAAUAUGACUCUCCAGCUAGGUUACUCGAAAACAAGUCAUCGUCAUUUGCACAACUUGUAGCAGAAUAUUCAGCAAGAUCAAACUCAAGUUUUCAGAAGUUAACUGAAAUAAAUAGUGAUUCUUCACAAACCACUGUUCACCUUUCUUGACAAUGACGAAAUUGUCAUGUUUGAAUUCAGUUGUUUAGGCAACCAAAUCAAGGAUUAGAGUGUUUUAUUGUAAUCAGUUUUACUAAAAUUUUAUACUGAUUAAGGUGCAGUUUCUUGGAUUAUAUGGAGAAAAUGAACUCUUCUAAUAUGAAAUAUAUACCCUGUGGCUUUUCUUGUUUAUUGCA